AGCACUUGAUUUGGCUAUUUGGGCAGCAGGAAAAUAUGCAUAUUGGUAAUCUGUUACGAGUAAGACAUAAAGGUCGACAACCUAAUAGGUAUAAGUCAUGUGGUGAACCUCAAAAAAAGAAAGUAAGGCGUAUCCAGGAUAUAACUAAUACUACUACUAAUAAAAAUCAUAAAGAAGACGUUGUAGCAAGCCAAGAGGGAAAAAAGAAAGAAAGGCGUUGUAAAAAUUGUAAUCAAGUUGGACAUUAUGCUCCAAGAUGUCCGAAUAUCUGAAAGUGUAAA